UCCGGCUGAAUGUCAGUGCGGAGCUGUGGGCCGGGGAGGAAGGUGGUUGGCGGUCCCUCUACCACCUCCGCCGCUGCCUCCUCCGCUUGUGCUGCGGCUGCGGGCGCCCGGCCGCUCGGGCAUGAGGCCGUGAGGCGGGCACCGGGUCGGGGCCGCCGACAUGUUUGGCCGCUCGCGGAGCUGGGUGGGCGGGGGCCAUGGCAAGUCUUCCCGCAACAUCCACUCCUUGGACCAUCUCAAGUAUCUGUACCACGUUUUGACCAAAAACACCACAGUCACAGAACAGAACCGGAACCUGCUGGUGGAGACCAUCCGUUCCAUCACUGAGAUCCUGAUUUGGGGAGAUCAAAAUGACAGCUCAGUAUUUGACUUCUUCCUGGAGAAGAACAUGUUUGUUUUCUUCUUGAACAUCCUGCGGCAGAAAUCCGGCCGCUAUGUGUGCGUUCAGCUGCUGCAGACCCUCAACAUCCUCUUUGAGAAUAUCAGUCACGAGACUUCACUUUAUUAUUUGCUCUCUAAUAAUUAUGUAAAUUCUAUCAUCGUCCAUAAGUUUGACUUUUCCGAUGAGGAGAUUAUGGCAUAUUAUAUAUCGUUCCUGAAAACACUUUCAUUAAAACUCAACAACCACACCGUCCAUUUCUUUUACAAUGAGCACACUAAUGACUUUGCCCUGUACACAGAAGCCAUAAAAUUUUUCAAUCACCCUGAAAGCAUGGUUAGAAUUGCUGUAAGAACCAUAACUUUGAACGUCUACAAAGUGUCAUUGGAUAACCAGGCCAUGCUGCACUAUAUCAGAGAUAAAACUGCUGUUCCUUACUUCUCCAAUUUGGUCUGGUUCAUCGGGAGCCACGUGAUCGAACUUGAUAACUGCGUGCAGACUGAUGAGGAGCACCGGAAUCGGGGGAAGCUGAGCGACCUGGUGGCCGAGCACCUGGACCACCUGCAUUAUCUCAAUGACAUCCUGAUCAUCAACUGUGAGUUCCUCAACGAUGUGCUCACGGACCAUCUGCUCAACAGACUCUUCCUACCCCUCUACGUGUACUCGCUGGAGAACCAGGACAAGGGAGGAGAGCGCCCGAAGAUCAGCCUGCCCGUUUCUCUCUAUCUCCUGUCGCAGGUCUUCCUAAUUAUACAUCACGCACCCCUAGUGAACUCGUUAGCUGAAGUCAUCCUGAAUGGUGAUCUGUCUGAGAUGUAUGCUAAGACCGAACAGGAUGUUCAGAGAAGUUGUGCCAAGCCCAGCAUUCGGUGCUUCAUUAAACCCACCGAGACUCUAGAGCGUUCCCUUGAGAUGAACAAGCACAAGGGCAAGAGGCGGGUGCAGAAGAGACCCAACUACAAAAACGUUGGGGAGGAAGACGAUGACGAGAAGGGGCCCACCGAGGAUGCCCAGGAAGACGCUGAGAAGACUAAAGGUAUUGAGGGUGGUUCAAAAGGCAUCAGGACGAGUGGGGAGAGUGAAGAGAUAGAGAUGGUGAUCAUGGAGCGCGGCAAGCUCCCAGAGUUGGCAGCCAACACCUCUGUGCAGGAACAGAACACUACGGACGAAGAGAAGAGUGCCGCUGCCACGGGCUUGGAGAGUGCGCAGUGGAGCAGACCCUUCCUAGAUAUGGUGUACCACGCCCUGGACAGCCAAGAUGACGAUUACCAUGCACUGUUUGUGCUCUGCCUUCUGUAUGCCAUGUCUCAUAACAAAGGCAUGGAUCCUGAGAAACUCGAGCAAAUCCAGCUCCCAGUGCCCGGUGCGGCCGAGAAGACCACCUACAACCACCUCCUGGCCGAGAGGCUCAUCAGGAUCAUGAACAAUGCUGCCCAGCCAGAUGGGAAGAUCCGCUUGGCCACUCUGGAGCUCAGCUGCCUGCUCCUAAAGCAGCAAGUGGUCACCAGCACGGGCUGCAUCAUAAAGGACGUGCACCUGGCUUGCCUGGAGGGCGCCAGAGAAGAAAGCGUUCACCUAGUACGGCACUUUUAUAAGGGAGAAGAAAUUUUUUUGGACAUGUUUGAAGACGAAUACAGGAGCAUGACAAUGAAGCCCAUGAAUGUGGAGUAUCUCAUGAUGGACGCCUCCAUCCUGUUGCCCCCAACGGGCACGCCACUGACUGGCAUCGACUUUGUGAAGCGGCUGCCGUGUGGCGAUGUGGAGAAGACCCGGCGGGCUAUCCGGGUGUUCUUCAUGCUCCGCUCCCUGUCGCUGCAGCUGCGAGGGGAGCCCGAGACCCAAUUGCCACUGACACGGGAGGAAGAUCUGAUCAAAACUGAUGAUGUGCUGGAUCUGAACAACAGUGACCUGAUCGCGUGCACGGUGAUCACCAAGGAUGGCGGCAUGGUCCAGCGAUUCCUGGCUGUUGACAUUUACCAGAUGAGUUUAGUGGAACCCGAUGUGUCCAGGCUUGGCUGGGGAGUGGUCAAGUUUGCAGGCCUCCUGCAGGACAUGCAGGUGACCGGCGUGGAGGAUGACAGCCGCGCCCUGAACAUCACCAUCCACAAGCCUGCAUCCAGCCCCCACUCCAAACCCUUCCCAAUCCUCCAGGCCACCUUCGUAUUCUCGGACCACAUCCGCUGCAUCAUCGCCAAGCAGCGCCUGGCCAAGGGCCGCAUCCAGGCAAGGCGUAUGAAGAUGCAGAGGAUAGCCGCCCUCCUGGACCUCCCGAUCCAGCCGACGACCGAAGUCCUGGGGUUUAGACUUGGCUCCUCCUCUUCCACCCAGCACCUGCCUUUCCGUUUCUACGACCAGUGCCGCCGGGGCAGCAGUGACCCCACAGUACAACGCUCUGUGUUUGCAUCCGUGGACAAGGUGCCAGGCUUUGCCGUGGCCCAGUGCAUAAACCAGCACAGCUCACCAUCCCUGUCCUCGCCAUCUGCCAGUGGGAGCCCCAGCGGGAGCACCAGCCACUGUGACUCUGGAGGCGCCAGCUCGUCAUCCACCCCUUCCGCUACCCAGAGCCCAUCAGAUGACCCCAUAACUAUGGAACAGCCUCCACCUAAUCUUCCCAGCCAGUUGGUGAUCGUCAACGAAACGGAAGCAGAUGCCAGGCCCAGCAGGAGCCUGGCAAGGAGCGCAGACGUAGAGACAGUCAACCUGUCCCCCAGCCUCAUCCCCGCCCAGCAGCCCACCAUCUCCCUGCUCUGUGAGGACACUGCCGACACACUGAGCGUGGAGUCGCUGACCCUCGUCCCUCCCGUCGACCCCCACAGCCUCCACACCCUCACUGGGAUCCCUCCACCACCCACACCGGCCGUAGUGGGCACAGUGAAGCCAGGCAAGGAGGCCGCAGGCCCAGAGCCGGCGGGCCCCGCCGAGCACUGAGCGGGCACCGUGUGGCCUCCCCUUGUGUGUGUGGCCCCGCUGGUAGGGACCCGGUACAGCUCAGAGACACAUGGGGAGCACCCGCAGCCCCCUGUGGCCCCAGUCACCACCGCUGCCGUCUUUCCUUGCACUCUUUUACUCCGUUUGAAUUCCUGUUUCACUCUGCACCUCUCGGAGAGCAGGCUGGACCUGGUGGAGAACGUGGUGAGCCCGAAUGACGAGGUGCUGCCUUGGGGAGGAGCUUGGCCUCCUGGUCUCAGAGCCCCAUGACCCCGGGGUGGCAGGACCCCCACCCCCUCUCUCCAUCAGCCAGCCGCUCCAGUCUGGAAGCUUCUUGGCCAUCACACCCAGUGUGCACGGAACAAUUGGACCAAGUCACUUUGGGUAGAGAUUUGUAGAGAAACAAACUUCGAUAAGCAUCUCCUUUGGAUAUUUAUUUCCGCUUUUGGCAGCAGAUGAAAAGCAUUUAUUUAAAAAGUGUUUAAAAAGAAAAAAAAAAGUCCAAAAAAAUCCUCAACCCUUAAGCUUUGACGUCAUGCUAACAGUAUAAUAUUACUGUAAAGAUUUCAUUUUCGUUUUUCCUCGAACUUCCCAGUGUUUUGUUCAGGAGCUCUUAGUUUGGCUUUCCCCGUUUCCUUACCUCUCUGCCACUCGCUAACUCUGCAAGCCUGUGGAAUGAUAAAGUACCUUCCUGGAAAGUUUAGAUUAUUUUUUAAACAAAGAUAAAGGAGAUACAUGUAUUCUCAGGUACACCCAGAGCUGAGAGAGCCAAAUGUUUCUCUGUCCUGGUAGCCAAGGCGCCCGUCGUUUCUCGAAAAAUCUUCCCAGGAAAGGGGCCAGUGCAGCCAGCUCCCCUCUCAGGACCCAUCCUUCAUCUCUCUGGACUCAAACCAGUCCGGACGGCAUCCUGGCGUCACCUUCAGUUGUUGCCACCUCUCUUUGUCUGGAAAGAACCAUUUGGGACCACGUAGACUCUGGCCCUGUGACCAUGAUGUGGGGAAAAAAAAGCCGCAGAGGCCAUCCUCCAUGGCCACAUGUGUGCGCACAGGCUGGUAUGCGGGGCGACACCCAGGGGCCAGGUCCCACCUGCUGCAGGGUCAUGUCCCGUCUCGACCUUGUCCCGGGAGCUCAAAUGUGCCGCUCUCCCUCUCAGCCACUGCUGCAGAGACACAGGCUUAUUUUUCAAAUGAAAACUCCACGGUUGCUUCCUUUGAGCUGCACGCACGUGCAGGCCAGUUCUCCGACAAAUCUCAUCGAGCACCUCCGCCGUCCCUCCACUUAGCCAGGCACAGCCACACGACCCUCGCCUCUCUCUGGUCAGCACUAAGAAUCUCCAAACUUUCUUCCCUGUGUGCCCGCCAGGAGUGCCAGCACACGGGCCCGGCUAUCGGGGUGGCCCCGGAAGGCGCUCCGAGUGCUCACCCUCUGCCUAGUCAAAGAAAGAAACUCGGUGGUCCUGCAGAGAGGGCUGUGGUCCCCGUGGGGACAGGGCUGUCUGUCAUCAGAAGCCCUUUGCGUAGGUGUGCCCACCCAGCUUCAACGGGGGAGGGACCUGGCUCAGAAAAGAAGGCCAUGUAGGCAGAAAUUUCAGGGAUAUCGGGGGGCAGGGAUAAGCCGUGACCAUCACGAGAGCCCCCCCUCCCAGGGAGGAGAGGCAGGUGGGGUGGAAGAAGGGGCCAGCGGGUCAAUGAGGAGAAAGGACAGGUCAUCGGGCCGCAGGUGCCAGCCGCCGGCCGCACGUUCCACUUGAUCUUUUGCUUGGACGUCAGAGCAGGCCGGCACUCUGGCCUAGCAGUGGCUCCGGGGCAGCAGAGAUGCUGGAAGGCAAGUCAUCUCCCAGCCCAGUGGCGUUACCGUAAAGAGCAAGCCCCUGCGGGUGGACCCAAGCCCCUCUCUGGGCCCCCCAGCCUGCCAUCUGAAACCCGUGGCUCCGAUUGUCAUCACAGUGCCCGAGCCGUGAGGAGGAGAAGUUGGGGACAGUGUGGCCGGAGGAGCCCGGCAGCCUUGCCAGGGCCCAGACAGUGCAGCGCUCAGCCCAGCCUCCGGGACCAGUUGAACAAAAGGUGCCGGUUGCCGAGGACAGGAUUGUCCCCGAGCGGGGCCUGCAGUGUUGGUCCUGCAGCUCACCCCAAUGGGCCAUGAGGGGUGGGACGGGCGCUGCCCUGACCCCGGGCGAGCAGGAGGCGUACAUACAUCCUCGGGUGAGGAUGGGGUCUGGAGGCGCCUUGGCUCUGAUGAAGGACCUGCCUUGCUAGGUCGUGACCGUCCUGGUGGCAGUGGGCACACUGAGUCUUCAGGAGCACCCCCAAAACCUAACCACAGGGCCGCCUCUCGCUGAAGGUCAGACGGGGUGAGGCCAAGAGGUCUCUCGGGGACCAGCCCCAAAGCCGCAGCAAGAAUGUGGGGGCGGGAGGAGGGCCUUCUCCGCUACCUUCGCCUCCACCCACCCUGUCUGCCACCUGCCCAGCCCGUUAGCAAGCGCCCCUCCCCAGGCAGGAGUGAAGAGACAUACCUCUUUAAAGACAUACACUAGAUUUUUCUAAGGUCUCAAGAUGCACUGUUAAGUACAAAGGCACGGCGCGAACGGAUACUCAUCUUCUCUAGAUGCAAUAAAUAAGAAAUAUUUAAUGUAGUCUUGUUGACGUUGGGCAUAAGCUAUCAGGGUUCCUUAUGUUCCUCUGAGGUGAAAAUAUGUAAAUAAUUCUCGUCCCAAGGAAGAGCCAGGGUUGGGAAACCCUCAUGCUUCUGGGCCAAGGGCCCGUUCCAGGGAAAUACCUGCUCUCGCCAGCGUGACUCAUGUUCUGUGGGCACUGAACACGAGGGUGGAAAUGAAAACUGGAACUUCCUGGUAAAUUUGAACUUGGCAAUAAAAGAGAAAAAGUUACCAAG